GUUCGUGAGUAAUGCAAACCGAUUAAAUAAUAAUAAAAACAUUGAAAUUUAUGUGAACAUUUUUUGAUCAUUGGAACUGAUAAUGCUGCCUGCCAUCAUAUUCAGGCAAAUGCAGCGACCCAUGAGUGCAGGUGCCUUGCACCUGGGGGGUUCGACAGCAUUGGAGCACGUCCUGGGCGUGGGCGGCAGCAGCUUUGUGAAUUGUCUGAAUCGUUAUGCGGCAGCUACUGGGUUCAUACGCAUCUCGUUUUUGGAUAUUAAUCAGCGGCGGAAUUGGGAUGUGGCUCGCCUACGCUUGUAUGCGGAUGCCAAAAAGCAAUCACUGCACUUGCGUACCAUCCAGGGUCGAGAUUUACUUCAGGGAGUCCUUGACAAGCAGAGGGCAGAGUUCAUUGAACGGAAAAAUGUGCUGGUCGACGAUAUACGAGAGGCUCGUCACAAGGUCCAAGAGCGAGUCCGCGAAAAGAUUGUCGAGAUCAGAGAGGAACGGGAGAACAUCAUGACGAUACCCAAUCUGCUGACCAUAAGCCGAGCCAUACUCUCGCCCUACAUUGGCUAUGUGGUGGUUCAAGGAGAUUUCACUUUGGGUAUGAGUCUGCUGGUUGUCGCUGGCAUCACAGAUUUGUUGGAUGGCCAAAUAGCUCGACGUUGGCCCUCACAGGCCAGCAAAGCGGGUUCGUUCCUAGAUCCCAUGGCAGAUAAAUUGCUUAUGGGUUGCCUUGUCGUUUCACUGUGCUACAGUGAACUCCUGCCCAUGUGGCUGACUGGUAUUGUUGUGUUCCGUGAUGUCUUCCUGUUAGCUGCUGGUUUUAUUAUACGCUACAUAAGUCUGCCACCGCCAAAAACCUUUUCGCGCUAUUUUGAUGCCACCCAUGUGACUGCCCAAUUGGAACCAACUUUUAUAAGCAAAGUGAACACUGGAGUUCAAUUGGCCACCAUAGGCAUUAGUUUAGGUGCCCCAAUUUGGAAUUAUUUGGAUCAUCCUAUGCUCCAUGGACUUUGGUAUCUAACGGGGGCCACAACAAUUGCUGCCGCCCUUAGCUAUGUCAUUAAUCGACGGGAUACUUUUAAAAUUAUCCAAAAGAAAACGUAAUGUCUGUUGAAUCGAAAUCAGAAAUGUUAUAUAUUCGCAAAACGCAAUAUGUUUAGUUCGUAAAAAAUAUUUUUGUAAUAAAUAAAUUUGUAACCUUUUA